AUGAUGGAAGUCAUCGAUAGUGUUUUGGGAGAUCGCCAGAGUGCUAUUCAAUUGAUUGAUGAGAGUAAGAAAUUCCACCAAGAUGCUUUGAACUAUUUUAACAAAUGUAUUGAUGACCGUGACGUCGGGUUGGAUUACCAUGUUAUAUCUGUCUUUGGAUCUCAGUCUAGUGGUAAAUCUACACUUUUAAACCAUUUAUUCAAUACAGAUUUUGAUACUAUGGAUGCUCAGGUUAAGAGGCAGCAGACCACUAAAGGUAUAUGGUUAGCACAUACGAGGAAAGUAAAUACAACGCAUAAGUUGGAUGGGCCUGCAUCAGAUCUCUUUGUUUUGGAUGUGGAAGGUUCUGAUGGUGCUGAAAGGGGUGAGGAUCAAGAUUUUGAGAGAAAGGCGGCUCUUUUUGCCAUUUCUGUGUCUGAAGUUCUGAUUGUAAACAUGUGGGAACAACAGAUCGGGCUGUACCAAGGUAAUAAUAUGGCACUGCUAAAGACCGUGUUUGAAGUGAACCUGUCACUAUUCGGAAAGAGUCACAAUGGCCAUAAAGUGUUGUUACUGUUUGUUAUUAGAGACCAUGUUGGUAUUACGCCGUUAUCCAGUCUAAAAGAAUCUCUAAUUGCAGAGUUGGAAAAAGUCUGGUCAGAACUAAAUAAACCUGUCGAAUGCGAAGAUUCUUCUCUUUACGAUUUCUUUGAUUUAGAAUUUGUUGGUUUGGGUCAUAAGCUUUUACAAGCUGAACAAUUCCAAGAAGGUGUCAAAAGGUUAGGUGAUUCAUUUGCAUUGAAAAGUGCAAAUCCCUACUAUUUCAAACCCCAGUAUCAUCAUAAUUUACCGCUAGAUGGGUGGAUCAUGUAUUCUGAAAACUGCUGGGAGCAGGUGGAAAAUAACAGAGAUCUCGAUCUUCCCACACAACAGAUUUUAGUGGCAAGAUUCAAGACUGAUGAAGUGGCGCAAGAGGCUUUAAGUCUAUUCCAUUCUAAAUACAGUGGAUCUGUGGAUCACAUUUUGGAUGACAGGGAAAAAUUAGGUGAAGUUUUGAAAAAUCUGAAGCAAGAAUGCUUGAUUUACUACGAUGAGCGUGCUUAUCGCUAUGCUGAACCUGUUUAUUUGGAGAAAAGAAGCGAGUUAGCCGCUAAGAUGGAAGCAGAAUUUAGAAAAACAAUAGGGAAUUUCUUGGAUCAAUUGUCAGAAUCCUUGAUGCAAAGGUUACAAACAGAAGUCUUGGAUAAGAAGAAUCAGCAUUUACCUUUCCAAAAGAGAACGAAAAUUUUGGUCCAAUCUACAAAGGAGGAAUAUUGGACUGCAGUAUCUUCUUUCCAACAAUUGGAAUUAUUACGUUCUACGGAGGAAAUUCUGCAACAUUUCGAUGAGCAAGUUGACACCAAGAUUAAGCAACUGAAAAAUGAUGAAGUCAAUACUUUGAUUGCACGCGCCAACAAGAGCAUCACUUUGAAAGUGAAAGAGCAAGCAGUACAUUACUUGUCAAAUCCUGAAAGAGAUACUUGGGAUAAAAUUUUAGAUAUGUUUGAGAAAACCAUUCAAUCAUCAUUGUCCAAGUACGAAAUUUCUGAGGGCCAUUACGAUUUCCAAGUUGGAUUCACCGAAGAAGAAAAUGAUUCUGUUUAUAAGAAGGUCUGUUCUAGGGCAUGGCAUGUAUUGAACGUCACUGUCCAUGACUACUUAAAGCCAGACACCAUUGUUAGCAUCUUGAGAGAUAGAUUUGAGACUAAAUUCAGAUAUGAUGAGGACGAUUCUCCCCGUCUAUGGAGAAAUGAAGAUGAAAUUGAUCGUGCCUUCCGUAUUGCCAAAGACCAUGCAUUGGAAGUGUUAAAUGUCCUUUCCUUUGCCGCUACCUCAGAUCAUGUGGAAAUCGUACCAGCAUUUGGUGAAGAUAACCAUGAAGAGGAUGAAUGUUAUGAAGAUGAAUUAGGUAUUCAACAUUCUCGUCAUUUUGCUCAUAUUCUUAAUGAAUUGCAAAAGGAAAAGGUUUUACAACAAUUUAGAAGACAAAUUAAUUUGACGGUGCUGGAUUCCAAGAGAUCGAUCAUUAAGACGACAACGGCUAUUCCAAUAUGGAUGUAUCUGCUUGUUGUUGCUCUCGGCUGGAACGAAUUUGUGAUGGUCCUACGUAACCCGCUGUUAGUUACACUUGUAUUGCUGUUUGGUGUUGGAUUCAUCUUCGUCAAUAAAUUCGGUCUAUGGGGGCCAGUAUUGAAUGUUGCUCACAAUGCGGUAGCUGAAGUUAGAAUUACUGCCAAGGAAAAAUUGAGGGCAAUUGUGAUGGAUGAAGAUGAAAAACGACACUUAAUCAAUUCAGCGGGUAAAGAAUCCUACGAGAUGAAGGACAUGAGUGAUUCAGAUAAUGAAAAGAUCGAAAAAUCAGAAUAA